AUGACCACCUUGCGAGGCUAUCAGCAGCCCGAACUCAGCAAGAAACUCUACAAAAUCAUCAAAAACGAAAACGCCGUCAUUGGAGCCUAUGAAUCCGCCGGUCGCGAACGAGUCUCGAUUGCUUCCCAGCUCUCCGACUGGGGCGAGGCGACAGGUGAUGAAGGUGUUUCUGAUAUUUCGGAUAAGCUCGGUGUGCUGUUGUCCGAGAUUGGAGAGCAAGAGGAUAUCUUCGCCCAGAAUUUGGAAGAGUAUCGCGGUGUCUUGAAGCAGAUUCGUAACACAGAGAGUUCGGUGCAACCGUCGCGAGAUUCGCGCAAUAAGAUUUCCGACGAGAUUCAGAAGCUGAAGUACAAGGAUCCUUCGAAUACGAAGAUUGUUACGUUGGAGCAGGAGCUUGUGAGAGCUGAAGCCCAGAAUUUGGUGGCCGAAGCGCAGUUGUCGAAUGUGACACGACAAAAACUCAAGGAAGCGUUCGACGUCCAUCUUGCCGCUGUCAUCGAGCGUGCCGAGAAGCAGAUUAUCCUCGCUCAACAUGCGCGCCGAUUAGUCAAUCUCCUAGACGACACACCCAUCGUCCCUGGAGACGCCGUCAAACCCUAUGAGCAAAGCACCGCAGCACGAGAUAUUCUAAACGACGCCGAGGGUGAUUUGCGCGCGUGGGAGCCCUCAAUGUACCCCAUUACGUCGAACGCCAAUGAAAUAGGUCAGAGUUUGGUGCCGAAGCCAGAAGCCGCGACUGCGAAUCAGCCACAAGAAGCAGCUUCAGUUGCAGAUGGAGUUGAGCCAGUGGAAACCCACGCUUCUCAUGCUGUUGGUGAGUCGGAUAGCGUCGCAAACAGGGAGGCUAUCGCCACGGACGCUAAUGAACCGGCUACAGUUGCAACAGCGUAG